CUGUCACUGGCUUAUAUGGACAAGUCAGCCUGCUGCCACGUGACCCUCAGCUGCUAAAAACAGCUCCAGCACCACUCUGAACCUGGGCCUGAAACAAUGUCCUCCACCGAAAGAAACGUAAAGGACACUUGAUCACACAAUCCUUGGAAUUAUUUCCAGGAAUCACUUGCAGAAACCACUCGGAGCACCCUUUCCCUGGCAGUGCACACGGGGACGGCCAGGAGAUGAGUGCAUCUUUGAAUUACAAGUCUUUUUCCAAAGAGCAGCAGACCAUGGAUAACUUGGAGAAGCAACUCAUCUGUCCCAUCUGCUUAGAGAUGUUCACAAAACCCGUGGUCAUUCUCCCCUGCCAGCAUAACCUCUGUAGGAAAUGCGCCAGUGACAUUUUCCAGGCCUCUAACCCGUACUUGCCCACGAGAGGAGGCACCACGGUGGCCUCAGGGGGCCGAUUCCGCUGCCCAUCCUGUAGACAUGAAGUGGUUUUGGACAGACACGGGAUAUACGGCCUUCAGAGGAAUCUGCUGGUGGAAAACAUCAUUGACAUCUACAAGCAGGAGUCCAGCAGACCAGAAAAGAAGUCGGACCAGCCCAUGUGUGAGGAGCAUGAGGACGAGCGCAUCAACAUCUACUGUCUGAACUGCGAAGUGCCCACCUGCUCCCUGUGCAAGGUCUUCGGGGCACACAAGGAUUGCCAGGUGGCUCCCCUCACUCACGUAUUCCAGAGGCAGAAGUCUGAACUCAGUGAUGGCAUUGCUGUCCUCGUGGGAAGCAACGAUCGGGUCCAGGGGGUGAUCAGCCAGCUGGAGGACACCUGUAAAACCAUUGAGGAAUGCUGCCGAAAACAGAAGCAGGAGCUUUGUGAGAAGUUUGAUUACCUGUACGGCAUCUUGGAGGAGAGGAAGAAUGAAAUGGCCCAAGUCAUCACCCGAACCCAAGAGGAGAAGCUAGAGCAUGUCCGUGCUCUCAUCAAAAAGUAUUCUGAUCAUUUGGAGAACGUAUCGAAGUUGGUUGAGUCAGGAAUACAGUUUAUGGAUGAGCCGGAAAUGGCAGUGUUUCUGCAGAAUGCCAAAACCCUGUUACAAAAAAUAUCUGAAGCGUCGAAGGCAUUUCAGAUGGAGAAAAUAGAACGUGGUUAUGAGAACAUGAACCACUUCACAGUCAACCUCAAUAGAGAAGAAAAAGUAAUACGCGAAAUUGAUUUUUACAGAGAAGAUGAAGAUGAUGAAGACGAAGAAGGAGAAGAAGGAGAGGGAGAAGGAGAAGAGGUAACAGAAGUGGAAGAGGUGGAAAAUGUUCGAACAGAGUCAUCGGGAGAAGACGAAAGUCCGGAGAAAGGCUCGGAGCCCUCUCCACGGGCCUCCGAGCUCCAGACUGCCCCAGAGGCACCUCCGGCUUCCUCUCCAGAGUCACCUCCAGCCCAGCCACCAGCUGCGGAUGCUCCGGUGACACAGGGGGAGGUUGUGCCCACUGGCUCUCAGCAGACCACAGAGUCUGAAACUCCAGUCCCUGCAGCAACGGACACUGCGGAUCCCUUGCUUUACCCUAGUUGGUAUAAAGGCCAAACCCGGAAAGCCACCAGCAACCCAUCUUCCACCCCAGGGAGCGAAGGUCUGGGGCACGUAGGGCCUGCAGGUUCUGAGGACUCGAAUGUGCAGAAGGCAGAAGUGGCAGAAGCCGCAGCCAGUGAGAGGGCAGCAGUGAGUGGUAAGGAAACUAGUUCACCUGCAGCUACUUCUCAGGAGUUAGCAAUCUGCCUAGCACUCGUGGCUUUUCUUAUCCUUCACUACAUCUGGCGUCAGAUUCAGUGCUUGGUUUUUGCUCUAAUGGACUGGUUUUGAGGACCCUCCUCUCCAGGGACAGCCUGCGGCUUCAGGGAGAGGGAGUGGAGCUGAUUCUGAGCCAGCUCGCCAUGUCUUCUCCUUUUCCUGGUUGAACUCCCUGAAUGAAUGAUGUUCAUUCCAGCUGCUGCCCCUCUGUCUGCCUGGCUGAGAUGUAUGCAGGCAGUAGGGAACCUAGAUGAAACUAAAAUCAUGCAGAUGAUGAAAGGGACCUCUGAACAGGAUUUCUACAAAAAAUACCCUUAAAUUCCAGAUGACUUAUCUAACACAUUGAGGGAAAACAAUGCUUUGAGAAAACAGUUGCAGAAAGGAUUGGAAAAAAAAGAAACCUGAUCUUAUGCAAAUCAUUGAUUGUGUGGGAAACAUUUUGAAGGGUGUGUAGGUGUGGUACGUGUGUGCAUGCGUCACUAACAAGUGGCAAGUGUUGAAAAAAGGGGGCACUACACUCUCGUCUCUAAUAGGCACCAGCUUUUGUUAUGACAUCGAAGUAGUUUGUAUUCUCUUUCCUCUUUAACAAUGCAGGUGGGCAGUGAAAGUCAGUGUUAAUUCAGAAGUGACCGAUUUAUCAAUAUAUGGACAAGAGAUAAAUCAUUGACCAAAGGUAUGAAAUGUUUCACAGAGGUUUCAUCUUUUCCAUAAUAGAUGUCGCUGGAUGGAUGUCCAGAAAUGUUCUUUGACUCUGGUGACACUUGGACAAUGUCCAGAAGGCUAAAGGCCUAGGACAUUUUUUGACAUUUUUCUAAUCUUGGUUUUAGGUACACAGAUAUCAGGCACUUUAAUGGAAAAAGACUUUUCAAUAGAAACUGUCUGCUUUCUCAUGUAUCCACUAAGGCACCAAUCUGCUGAACUGUAGAACUGCAUGUAUUUGAAUAUAUAUAUAUAUAUUCACACACAGUACACAUUAUACAUGUACAUAUAUAUUUAAACCAUGUUUUAUUUGUCCCACCAUAAUGCCUUCUUCAAAACAUAAGUAUAACUUUACUCUGUAUGAACUCUUAAAUAAAUACUGUUUUUAA